AUGUCGAAAUGUAAAAAUUCUGAACUUAAGAUAAGUGGAGUUAAGGUGUUUUUUCCUUAUGCCCCUUAUCCCUGUCAAAUAGCUUAUAUGGAGAAAAUCAUAAAAUCACUUCAGAACAAAAAAUAUGCCAUAUUGGAAAGUCCAACUGGCACUGGCAAAACUUUAUCUUUAUUGUGUGCUACCUUAGCAUGGCAAAGAGAUAUGAAAUAUUCUGAUGAAGAUUUUAUCAAGAGCCAACCAUCUACUCAAAAUAUAAUCCAACCUCUUAUCAAUAUUGAUAAGAAUUCAAUCAAUCUUUCAGAUGAAUGGUUAUCAAAAUCAUCAAAAUAUUUUAAUUAUCAGCCUCAUAAAAUAAGAAAAAUGGACAUAAAAUAUGAUGAUUUGAGCCCUGAAAAAAUAAAUAAUUCAAAAUAUGAGAAUGGCAAUCAAUAUAUAAAAGAUUUACUGAUGAAAACCACUCAAAUGUCCAGCAAUAAGAAAAGUAUUAAUAGGAUACCCAAAAUAAUUUACAGUACCCGUACCCACAAACAGAUAAAUCAAAUCAUCAGUGAGCUCAGGAAAACGUCCUACAAUAAUAUAAAAAUGACCAUUUUAUCUAGUAGAGAUUUCACUUGCGUUCAUCCAGAAGUUGCUAAACAGAGGGAUAAGAAUGAUAGGUGUAUUAAUCUUAUCAAGGGCUUUCACGUAGGUUGCCAAUACUACAAAAACCUAUUGAGGCCAAAGAGGCAAGCAGAGGUGUUUGAUUUUGCCGCGCAAAACCCCGUAUGGGAUAUCGAAGAGUUGACACGUUUUGGCAGAAAAAAUUGGUUAUGCCCGUAUUUCGCCACUAGAAGUCUCAUCGAGGAUUCGGAUAUCAUAUUUUGCCCCUACAAUUACAUUUUGGAUAAAGGUGUCAGAAAUUCGAUUCCAUCCUUAAACCUCAAAAACCAAAUUCUUAUUUUUGACGAAGCCCAUAAUAUUGAAGACGUAGCUAGGGAGUCAGCCAGCCUGACAUGGGAACACGAAAGUAUUUACCAAGUCUGUGAAUUCUUACGAGAUGUAAGAUGGAAAGACUGUGAAAAGGAGUGCCAACUUUUAGCUUCCACGUUACGUACAGUUUACGAAUGGAUGUCCGAUAUGAAAGACCAUUUGGACGAGGACGUCGAAAGCGCUAAGGAAAUGGGUAGCGGAGAAAAAUGGAGAGAGGUGCCAUUUAUUGACAAGAAAAACGAGCGAAAUUUUGAUUCAGCAGCCCAAAGUUACUCAGGUCAACCCAUGCUGGCCGUCUUAAAUCAUAUCAAUAUAGGACCAGAAACUUUCAGCACGAUUAUGUCCAGCUUCGCCAAAAUUAAGGAACAAACGGAAAAGAAAGCUCCCGCCUCGGCUGAACCCGAGCCAAUGCAAAAUGACGAAACAAAAAAUCUUGAAGAAUAUGGUAAUGACGACGCUAUAGGUGGCGGUGAACCGAAAUACCUGAAAUUAUUUGAAAAUUUGAUUAUAACGCUGCAAUACUUGUACAAAGAUCACAUGAAAUAUUUCGAAGAUUAUAGAUUAGUCCUAAGUAAAGAAAUGCUUCCAUUGAGAAUGAACAAAAAUCGAGCCAAAACGACUGCCAAUUGGUUAUACACUUUCAAUCUGUGGUGCAUGAACCCUGCGGUGGCCAUGUCUGACCUUGUUCCCAACGUUCAUUCCAUCAUAAUCACUUCUGGAACCCUAUCUCCCAUCCACAGCUUCACGACCGAGCUGGGGCUCGCUUUCGAUUAUACCUACGAGGCUUGCCACGUGAUCCCAGCCGAAAGGAUAUGGAUAAGGAGCUUGGGCUCCACCUUAACUGGGAAAUCACUGAAGGUAGUAUACAAGGCCUGUCAAAGCCUAGUAUUUCAAGACGAAUUGGGGCAGUUACUGCUCAGAAUAUUUGAAGGAACUCUAGACCAUUCCAAGAUGACGCAAGGCGGUAUAUUGUGUUUUUUCCCUUCCUAUGCACUCCUGGAUAAGUUGAUAGAUAGAUGGAAAAACACUGGGUUGUGGACCGAACUCACAAAAGUUAAAUCUAUUUUUGUGGAACCAAGAGACACCUUUUCAGAUUUGGUCAGUGACACUAAUGACAAUAAUAGCGACAUGAAAAUCGACGGCUAUAUGCAUACAGGUCAAAAAUCAUCUGGUUCUUAUAGGAAUCUUAAAGCCAGUCCUCAAAGCUUGGACUCUAUUUUGAAUAAGUAUGCAGUUAGCUGCGGUUUGGAUAGCUUUCCCGGUAGCGCCAAAAUAGGUGUAAUUUACCCGCCGGAAGAAGAUCGGGCCAAGAAACGGAGGAGAAGAAAAAGAUUACCCUGGGACAAUGAUGAGUUGUCUUGUAAUCAGAAAAUCAAUUUUGAACCAAAAGCAGCAGUUCAAGGUGGCGUGUUGCUCGCUGUAUACCGAGGAAAAGUGAGCGAAGGCAUCGAUUUCGCCGACCAUUUAGCAAGGCUUGUCAUCUCCAUAGGUCUUCCUUACCCCAACGUGAGGGAAAAGAAGGUCGUUUUGAAGCGCAAAUACAAUGAUGGCCUAUCUCACUCCACAAGACUCACAAACGGGAGAGGAGAAAAUAGCAACAGAUCCCUGACUGGCAGCGAAUGGUUGGAAAUUCAAGCUUUCAGAGCUCUCAAUCAGGCCCUAGGCCGAUGUCUAAGGCACAAAGAUGACUGGGGCGCGCUUCUCUUAUUGGACGAGCGUUUUGCCAAUCAAAACUCAUAUAGCUUGAACAACGCAGCUCACAUUAGCUCGCAAUCCCCUUGUCAAAGACAAAACCUACAAACCCACAACCUUCAUGCUCAAAAGCUUUCUAGGUGGGUACGGGAUAACUUGAAAAAUUGCUCUUCCAGCAGUAAUUCCGAAUGUUCUUUCGUUAUCGACGAUUUAUCUACUUUUCUAGCCAAAAUGUCUACAAAUUCGUCCUCGAACCACUAUAAAAAUAACGAAGAUAAAGUAGGGGCCUCUUUCCCCAUCGUUGAUGUUCCGGGGAAUUAUGUACUUAACCAUACCGAAGAUGAUACGGAUGUUAUAAUUGAUUUGACACUGAAUGAGAAGGAUUUGUGUUGUAAAAUGGAGAACUACGAAGGCAUGGAAUGUGAAAGAUUUAUACGCUCAGUUUCCGUCAAUCGUUUCAUAAAGAAAGAAAAUUCUCCCGAUAUUAUUGUGGAAACCGAAGAAACUGAUACCGACAAUCCCUUAGUUCGAAUCGAAGAUAAUACCGUGAUCAAAUGUUUAUUUUGCGAAAAUGUCAUAGUUAGCGAUUAUAAUCAAGACAUUUUGACUACGUUCGAUUUGGAAUGCUUCGUAAAUUUUGUUAGAAACAACGAUUCCUUGUUCGCAAACGAUGAUCACCUUUUUCGGCUUGUUUCUAACGAUCGGCUAAAGUGUCCACUAUUUAACUACCCUGGCAGCGAUUCUUCUACAACUGGUGUUACAACUAACAGUUUUUAUUGUACCGAAUCUCGACAACUUUUUGUCUUUUUGUGUUGCGCGAUAUGUGACGAUAACAGGAUGAGUUCCCAGAAAUCCCCGAUAGGGCCUAUCGUUAGCUCCUCCGACGUAAUAAUAGGCUUUAAAGUGUUGACUAGCCUACACGACAAAGACAAAGAACAAAUCUAUUUGUUCCCCUCAAAAACGAAAGCCAAAUCAGAAUUCUUACAAAAUUACAAAUAA